AUGGUCCGCUCGGCCGGCAAACUGGUGCUCAUCGACAAGCUGCUGCCCAAGCUGAAGGCCGGUGGCCACAAGGUGCUCAUCUUCUCCCAGAUGGUGCGUUGCCUCGACAUCUUAGAGGACUACCUCAUCCAGAAGAGGUACCUCUACGAACGGAUCGACGGAAGGGUGAGGGGCAACCUACGACAAGCGGCCAUCGAUCGCUUCAGCAAACCCGAUUCGGAUCGUUUCGUCUUUCUCCUCUGCACGCGGGCCGGUGGCUUGGGCAUCAACCUCACCGCCGCCGACACCUGCAUCAUCUUCGACUCCGACUGGAACCCCCAAAACGAUCUCCAGGCUCAAGCGAGGUGUCACCGGAUCGGGCAGAGCAAAGCGGUGAAGGUCUAUCGUCUCAUCACGAGGAACUCCUACGAACGGGAGAUGUUCGACAAGGCCAGCCUCAAGUUGGGGCUCGACAAGGCGGUGCUGCAAUCCAUGAGCGGCCGAGAGGGCAACAUCGCGGGGAUCCAGCAAUUUUCCAAAAAGGAGAUCGAGGACCUGCUGCGCAAAGGGGCCUACGCGGCCAUCAUGGAAGAGGACGAUGAAGGUUCCAAGUUCUGCGAGGAGGACAUCGACCAGAUCCUGUUGCGCCGUACCACCACCAUCACCAUCGAGAGCGAGGGGAAGGGUUCCACCUUCGCCAAGGUACCUCCGCGCGUUCUUCCCGCCGUUGGCGGGCGGACGUCUUCUACCUCAGAGGUGGGCGUGAACAUCUCCCGAUCCUUCAACCAAUCGCAGGCGAGCUUCGUGGCUUCCGAAAACCGUACCGACAUCGCCUUGGAUGAUCCCAACUUCUGGCAGAAGUGGGCCAAGAAAGCCGACCUAGACCUGGAUCUCCUGAACAGCAAGGUUGGUGGUGGUGGUGGUGGGACAACGGUGAGGCUGGUUUGGGGCAGCGUCCGAUGGGUCUUCUCCAUCUUGGUGAUCCAGAACAACCUGGUGAUCGACACGCCGCGGGUGCGGAAGCAGACGCGACACUUCAGCACUCUUCGGGACGAUGACCUGGUGGAGUUCUCGGACUUGGAGAGCGAGGAUGAGGAGAGACCUCGAUCCCGACGUCACGACCGGCAUCACCACGCCUUGCAUCACGCCUACGGUCGCACCGACUGCUUCCGUGUGGAGAAGCACCUCCUGGUUUACGGCUGGGGCCGAUGGCGGGAGAUCCUGUCCCACGGGCGGUUCAAGCGACGCCUCUCGGAGCGAGACGUGGAGACCAUCUGCCGGGCCAUCUUGGUCUACUGUCUCCUUCACUACCGAGGUGACGAGAACAUCAAAGGCUUCAUCUGGGACCUCAUCAGCCCCACCGAGAACGGCAAGGCCAAGGAGCUCCAAAACCACUCGGGUCUUUCCAUCCCGGUUCCUCGAGGUCGGAAAGGGAAGAAGGUGAAGUCCCAAAGUACCUUUGAUGUCCACAAAGCCGAGUGGAUCCGCAAAUACAACCCCGACACCCUCUUCCAAGACGAGAGCUACAAGAAGCACCUCAAGCAUCAAUGCAACAAGGUUCUCCUGAGGGUACGGAUGCUCUACUACCUGCGGCAGGAGGUGAUCGGGGACCAGGCGGAGAAGGUGCUGGCGGGGGCGGUGGCCAG